GGAGUCUUGAUUGGAGUGGGUCAUUCAGUACAAGAAAGGCUGACGCAACUCACAGGAUCAAAUCUUGUCUGGAAGGUCUCCACCAGAAGACAAAGCGAAGAAUUGUCUGUAUGUGUGUGUGUUCUUUGUAAAGCGCUCACUGAUGACCAGAUCUGCCAACAUACAGAAAGGUAUUACCAGUUGAGAUCGAAAGCAAGGGAAGGAAUUGAGAAACCAUAUUGAGAGUGUCCAAGGUUUCUGGAUUAAGCAGACAGAGAAUUUCAUUACAACCACAGCAAGAGAGAGACAGAGGGCAGUAGUGACUGAACAGACUUGAACAGACAGAAAUCCAUGAACAGCGUAUUGUAAAAGCUCGGAACAAUCAUAUAGACCAUGGUUGACAAAAGCUCAGAAGCCAUGCUGAAUGGUGCUAUUCCAGGUGAGAUGGUGAAGAAAGAUGAAAACUUGAAGCGUGGGAACUGGUCAAAUCAGAUAGAAUUCAUCCUGACUAGUGUUGGCUAUGCUGUAGGCCUUGGAAAUGUCUGGAGGUUCCCUUAUCUGUGCUACCGAAAUGGUGGAGGUGCAUUUAUGUUUCCCUAUAUCAUCAUGCUGGUCUUCUGCGGUAUUCCUCUUUUUUUUCUGGAACUUUCCUUUGGGCAGUUCACCAGCCAAGGCUGCCUUGGUGUAUGGAGGGUUAACCCUAUGUUCAAAGGAGUGGGGUAUGGGAUGAUGGUGGUUUCUACAUACAUUGGAAUCUACUACAAUGUGGUCAUCUCCAUCGCCUUCUACUACUUCUUCUCCUCCAUGACUACACUCUUGCCUUGGUCAUACUGCACUAACCAUUGGAAUAAGGAGGAUUGCAGUAGCAUGCUGAACCCCAACAGAACUGCCAACAUCAGUGAUCUGUCACGUAACAUCUCAACAUUGCUGAACCAAACUGCAAAGCGGACCAGUCCUAGUGAGGAGUACUGGAACUACUAUGUGCUGAGGAUAUCCAACGGCAUUGGUAAUUUUGGGGAGAUUCGCCUGCCUUUGCUGGGCUGCCUAGUUGUAGCCUGGGUUGUGGUCUUCCUCUGCCUCAUUAAAGGAGUCAAGUCUUCAGGAAAAGUGGUGUACUUCACAGCAACAUUCCCAUAUGUUGUGCUGACAAUUCUGUUUAUUCGUGGAAUUACUUUGGAUGGUGCUGUCAAUGGCAUAAAGUACUAUCUCACGCCUCAGUGGGACAAGAUCUUAGAUGCAAAGGUCUGGGGUGAUGCGGCUUCCCAAAUUUUCUACUCCCUCGGAUGUGCCUGGGGUGGCCUGAUAACCAUGGCCUCAUACAACAAGUUCCACAAUAAUUGCUACAGGGACAGUAUUAUUAUCAGUAUUACCAACUGCGCGACCAGUAUUUACGCUGGGUUUGUCAUCUUCUCCAUUCUUGGAUUCAUGGCUGCACAUCUGGGGGUCAAUGUGUCGGAAGUAGCAGAUCAUGGUCCUGGACUGGCCUUUGUGGCCUACCCAGAAGCCCUGACGUUGCUGCCGAUCUCACCCUUCUGGUCCCUUCUCUUCUUCUUCAUGUUGAUUCUGCUGGGAUUGGGUACUCAGUUUUGUCUGUUGGAAACAUUGGUCACUGCAGUUGUUGAUGAGAUUGGCAGUGAUUGGAUUCGUAGGAAAAAAUCCUAUGUGACGCUGGCAGUUGCCAUUAUUGGCUUUCUUCUGGGAAUCCCACUAACUACCCAAGCUGGCAUUUACUGGCUCCUCCUCAUGGAUAACUAUGCAGCCAGUUUUUCACUGGUUGUGAUUUCCUGUAUUAUGUGUAUCGCCAUAAUGUAUAUCUAUGGACAUCAUAACUAUUUCAAGGAUGUUCAGAUGAUGCUUGGCUUUCCACCUCCAAUCUUCUUUCAAGUCUGUUGGCGUUUUGUGUCACCCAGCAUUAUAUUUUUCAUACUGAUCUUCACUGUGGUCCAGUAUAAACCCAUCAGUUACAAUGACUACAUCUACCCAUCCUGGGCUAUCAUUCUUGGUUUCUUGAUGGCUUUGUCCUCAGUAAUCUGUAUACCCAUUUAUGCCAUCUGGAAGAUAUGUGUGUCCGAAGGAUCCACAUUUUGGGAGCGUGUGAAGAAUGCAAAUAAACCAAGCAAGGACUGGGGACCAACUUUAUUAGAGCACCGCACUGAUCGAUACGCAACAGUUGGCAGCUCAUCGUAUGAGUUCAGUCUGGAAAUUCAACAACUGAAUCCAGAUAAAGAGCGAGAGAAGGAGCAAAUACCAAUAGAAAAUAUAGAACACAACCUCACCAUACAGGGCAGCAAUGGUUCUGCCAGAACGCAGGAGCUUAAUGUGUAGUCAAAGUCCUUUUAAAUCAAAGAAGACAAUUAAUUGGGGUUAGGAGGGUGGGUUUGGGAAAUAGAGCCUUUCCUUAUGCCGAAAGGUUCAUUCCCUUUAAUUUCUUAUCUGAUCUAUGGAAUUUGACAAGUAGUCAACACAACUUAAUUGAUUUUUUCAGGUAUGUGUGUUUUUCUUUCUCUUUUCAUUUUUUAUAGUUAUCGAUAGAAUCUCAUAACUUAAUAUUUAAACCUGAUUUUUUUUUCAGAAAUUGGUUAUGUUUGUUGUCAUUUUGUGGAAUGUAGUACUUUAUAUACACACUGUUUGCCUGUUAGUACAACUUAUAGCUGAUCAAAAUGUUUCCCAGUCUCAAUAUAGUUUUUCUUUCUCUCUGGGUCUCAUUUCUUUUGAACAUCUGUUUGUGCUUGUCUACUCCACACCAUAGCACUGUGUUUUAUCAACAUCAGAAUAGUUAUUAAGUAACACAAAAGAACAAUCUGAGGAAGAAGCUGAAGGUAAUGCCCAUCUUAUUGUGACAGCACAUUUUCAAAGUAACCUACUGUUUACCAAGCCAAAACUAUAUCAGAGAUCCGAAUUACACUGUUCACUGUAUUUGGUAGCUUUGUAAUUUUAUUGGCUCUGUUUCUAAUGUUUUGAUAUCUAUAUAUUAUUUUAUAUAUGUGUUAAUUGGAACAAACUUUUCCCCCGUAGUAAGCAGUUUCCAGGAAAGCUUUUCAGAAAACACAGAAAGAAGUUAUAGUGCAUAUAUUUAAGUUAAUUUUACUGAAGCUCUAAACCAGUUGUACAGCUGCAGCUAUUGGAUACAAGUAGAUCAUUAGAUGUUUUUAUCCAUCCACAAAAAGUGAUCUGUCAUUGAAAUAUCUUUUCUUGUUUGUUAUGAUGAUUUGUCUAUCAGUAUCUCACUCAGAUGCACUCUUCAUUAUCAGCACUGCUGCAGAAGAGAGUCAGCAUGAGUAAACCAACGGUACAGUGUGCAUGUCCAACACAGUAUCAGACAUGCAUGAAUACAUAGGAAAAUUUGAACAUAUUAUUGAUGUGUCAAAUGCUCAUCUUUCAAAAUUUAUCGGUACAAUUUUAAGAUAUACUUUAACCUAUUGUUUAUCUGAUACAUAGUGGGAAUUAACCAAUUCAGAACAGUUGUUAUCAAAAAGUUGCAUAGGUUUUUAAGAGAUUGUGAUGUGUUCACGAAAGUUGUAGACAUUAGACAUUAAACAUUGGCCCGAUCUGAGGGGCUACCAGCUGACUAUUCCCCCAAGACUAAGCCAAUCAUUUAAUUGUUAGACAGUACUUCUAUCAUGCGCAGAGGACACUGAGAUUCUGGAGCUGGGUUAUUGGGUGGCAGUAGCUGUUUAACAGACUGUAUCCAAUUCUUUUUUUGAAAGAUUAGUUUUAGAAUUAAAGGGCCAAUUAGGUAUUGGAGGCUGCAAUACAGGAAAUCCUAGCAGAUAUAAGAACCUGAUACAAAGUUGAGAACCAUCCAAAUAUAGCAACUUUUCAAUUAUUUUCUCACCUUGAUUCCCUGACAUAUCUUUUUAAACCAGGUGCUAAGAGUGUCUGAAGCAUUGGUGCACUGCUUCUGUUGCCUUAUGAGUCUUGAACAAAGUUGGACUUGUGCGAGUAAGCAAAAUUACAAAUUCAGCACAAACCUUGACCCACUUGUUGGAUUGGAAGAAGUAGAGAAAAGAAGAAAUUUCUUUGAGCAGCAAAGUACUUUUUUAACAUAAUAGGACUGGUUGAAUAUCUGAGGCAGCCCCCUUUUGACACCCAUCAUGCCUGUCGAAAUAAGGCAGGAGUAAACUUGAAUAUGUAAACCGAGGUCUUUGCCUGUUACAGGAUCUCCAAAUGCUGUUUUCAUGGGCUCAUGGUGAAAUUUGUGCCAUUUUAGGCUUGGAGUUAAAAUGUGCACCUAAAAUUUUAAAAUAAUCUGACAAAAAAGGGAGAAGAUGUUCAUAAGUCUGCAGUGCUUAGUGUAAGGAGAGAUAGAACAGCACAAGCAGGUGACUUAUCCCUUUGCUGCUUUGGUACCUGUAUUGUCCCACAAACCAAGUUGUAACAGAAUGGGUCACCUUAUUUUCUUGAAGCCAAAGCUGGCUGGUUGAAACUGAUGUACAGUUGCAUUGAUGUAUCAAGUUAUGUGUUAAGUGCUUAAAUUGUACAGUGUGCAUUCCAGUCUGAACCUAACAAACCCAUAAUGGGUUUCUGCCAAGAGAUGCCGUGCUUAGAUCCAAAUUUUGAUCAGAUUGGGAAUUUCCAUACAAUGGAAAGAGACAAAAAUGUUCCAUUCGAUUUCAGUUUCUGGAACAGAAUUAUGUUUAUAUCGGAAUGCUUGCAUGAUGGGAAUGGUCAUGAUGGGAUUCUGUGCUUGGCUGUGAUACACAUUUAUGUAGAUUCCAUUGCAUUUGCUUGAUAAUGUGAAAUCUUGAUUACAUGGAAGUAUGUAAUAUAACAAAAUAGGUAUUGCCAUUAUGAAGUUGAAAAUUUAAUUGCCUCUCUCUUAAUUCUCCUUUCUAUCCCUUUCCCUUUUUCAUUCUGUCCUAAAGUUGCUCUUUUAUCAUCUAAACUUAUUCUUCUUUUCAAUACGGAGUUUAAUCUAGUCCAAAUAAUUGAGAUAUCAGCCAAUUAAUAUUGUGAAUUUUAUUAACUGCAUUUGAAGAUAUUUGUAGUCUAAGAGUCAGAGAAUCUGGGUUCAGGUCCUGCUCCAGAGACUUAAGCAGAAAAUCUAGGCUAAUGUUCCACUGUAGCACUGAAGUCAUGCUACAUUGUUGGAUGUACUGUCUUUUGAAUAAGACGUUAAACUAAGGCCCAUCCUCCCGUAUGAUGGGUGUAAAAAAAUCCCAUGGCACUACUUUGGUCAAGUGUUCAUUCAGGCCAUCAUUGUACUUCAAAAGUACUUUGUUGGUUGUAAAGUGCUUUGUGACAGCCUGAGGCCAUGAACAGCACGUAUAUAUGCAAGUCACUCUUUUUUGAUCUAGAGGAGACCCGAACAGUGUGCAAUUAAUCUCUCACCUUUCAAGCCAUUAUAAUAUAGUUUGUUUUGCCUACAGGCUAUACAACAUAUUCAAUCACAUUUAUAAUCUAAUGGGAAAUAGUUUACAAGUUACAACCAAAACAAUUAAUUUAUGUGUUCAAUUAUACCCCUGAGUUGCAUAUACUGGCUCUUAAUUCAUGUUGAGAAAACAGUAGGUAAACUUUGCUGACUUCCUUUAGCAAAUAGUAGGGACAAGUAUUUUCUCACAUAGUUGAGUUAAUUGCACUUUGUAUUUCAGUCUAAAGGUAAUCAAGGUGAAUUAAGUGUAUACAGUUUCCAGCUCAAUGACUCUAAACUAUUAUAACAUUGAUAUAUUGUUAAUUAAUUCGCAUUAACAUUCAUUGAUAAAUUUCAUUCUAGCUUAAAAAAUGUUUUUCUUUAUUUGUCAGGUAACUAAGCAAAACAUGUGGGAUGAUUAAGGUUAAUUCAAUAAAAUUUUGUUUGCAUAAGGGAGUAUUUAGUAACUAGUGGCUCAGUGAAAUUUGACAGAUAUGUCAGUUGAAGGUUUGCUUAAUUUCUGCAGCAGUGAAAGUAAUUGCCAACCAAGUAAGUUUUUUCACCAGUGCCAAUGCUGCUUCAUUCAACAGAGACUGGAGACAUUGAAACUUAGAUUUUCGAAUCUGUGUUAUUUCAAAGCCAGCAGUAAACAUUCUAAAAUUAAAUAAGUGUAUUUUAUUGGGUUUUCACUUGUAUUAUAACAACACUGAGCAGAAAAUUCAGUUUAUGUCUCCUGUUACUACAUAAUGUUGAAAACCUUUACAAUAGUUUUUGCACAUACAUCUACAGCAACAUCUUUUUCUGGAUGAUUUUUACGCUGUUGCAGACCUUGAACAGUACAGCAACACCUUGAACCGAAUCACAGUAACACCACGUGACUUUUCUCAUGACAUACAGCAGAGUAAAAUAAAGGGUCACACCAAUAUUAUACCACCUCCAUAUUUUACAGCAUUCUGACAUGUCUUGAUUUGGUGAGAGGGUUUGGGGGUGGUGAAGGUUAGGUAACAAUGCUCACUCUUCAGUGAAGCUCACUCAAGCACACACCUUUAUAGUAAAAGCAAUGAUCUGGAUUGAACCAUAUUUCUGGUUCACCAAAUGUUUUCAUUAUUCUCAGUUCAGUUUGUUUUCUGUGCAUGCAUUUCCUCUAUCUCUUUCUCACAAUUACCAAGCCUUUCAACCUUUUACCUAUUUAUAGCUGUAAAUAUGUAGAUUUGUAAUCUAUCAAGUGUUCCAUCGCACCUAGCAAUCGUCCUUUCUUUCACCUUUUCCGAAUAGCAUUCACUCAGUAAAGGUAAUUGGAAAGACAUUUGUAAUCUGUGCUUCCUUCCUACCUCUGCCUUUUAUCUAUAUAAAAUACUCAUGCUGUAUUUAAUGUAUGAUUUAAGUUGAGCACCGCCUUGCUUUCCUGAUUAGAUGUAUGUGCCAGAAAACAAAGGAAGUUUUUACUUUCCAAUGUGCCAAUAGCUCAAAAUGAGAACUAUAAUUGUGUACACAGUAUUUUCUUGAUAGUGUAUAUUGUUUCAAGUGACUGUAAUCUGUAGUCUUAUAUGAACAGUUUACUUGACUCUUUCAGUGUUUAGGAGAAAAGAUAAAUAUAUAUUAAAGAAGCUA